GAGACAUAGAGGAGGUAGACCCCUCAACACCGGGGCAGCCCUCCAGUAUGUCAGGGACAACGUCUUUACAAGCUCCUCCGGGAGCAGGCGUCUGCAAGGGGUUCCACAGAUGUUGAUCCUGCUAAAUGGUGGGAGGUCUUUUGACAAUGUAGACACCCCAGCCUCUGCUCUCAAACAGCAGGGCAUCUUUGUGGUAGGCAUUGGAACAAGGAACUCUGACACUAUAGAGCUGCAGAAGAUAUCAUAUGAGCCUAGUUACGCUCUGAAAGUGUCUGACUUCACCGACCUCCCUGGUGUCCAGGAGCAGCUCUCCUCUGUAAUGAGCAAAGCGCUGGUGAAGGUCGCGCCCGUGACACCAACAGAAACUGUGGUAAGAAAGCAAGGAGGAAAAGAUGUUGUGUUCUUGUUGGAUGGAUCUGAUGGCACUAGAACUGGCUUCCCAGCUGUGCGAGACUUUGUCCAAAGAGUUGUGGAGACGCUCAGUGUGGAUGACAACACAGACCGUGUCUCAGUGGUUCAGUACAGCAGAGACCCAGCUGUCCAAUUCUAUCUGAACACGUACACCACAAAAGGCGACAUCCUUGACGCUGUCAGAGUGUUGAGGCACAAGGGUGGAAGUCCCCUUAAGACUGGAGCAGCUCUCCAGUACUUGAGGGAUAAUGUCUUCACGGCCUCUGCUGGAAGCAGGCUCCCUGAACAAGUCCCACAGCUCCUGAUAUCGAUAAGUGGUGGAAGGUCUUUUGACAGUGUUGAUGCGCCAGCCUCUGCUCUCAAACAGCUGGGUGUCUUGACCUUUGCAAUUGGAACCAGGAGCGCUGAUAUCAGAGAACUGCAGAAGAUAGCCUACGAUCCCAGCUAUGCUCUCACUGUGAAUGAAUUCACUGACCUUCCAAAUGUCCAACAGCAACUUCAGUCCUCCGUGGAGGCUGUGAUUGUUGAGGUCCAACCAGAAGCACCAACUGCACCUGUCGACACUGCCAAAAAGGACAUUGUGUUCCUUCUGGAUGGUUCUGAUGGCACAAGGAAUGGUUUCACUGCCAUGCGUGAUUUUGUAGAGAGAGAGGUGGAGAAACUGAAUGUGGGACAAGACAAAGACCGCGUCUCUGUUGUCCAAUACGGCAGAGACUCAGAGGUCCAUUUCUAUCUGAACACAUUCACCACAAAACAGGAUAUUUUGGAUGCAGUCAGAGGGCUGAGACAUAGAGGGGGCACACCCCUCAACACCGGGGCAGCCCUCCAGUAUGUCAGGGACAACGUCUUUACAAGCUCCUCCGGGAGCAGGCGUCUGCAAGGGGUUCCACAGAUGUUGAUCCUGCUAAAUGGUGGGAGGUCUUUUGACAAUGUAGACACCCCAGCCUCUGCUCUCAAACAGCAGGGCAUCUUUGUGGUAGGCAUUGGAACAAGGAACUCUGACAGUAUAGAGCUGCAGAAGAUAUCAUAUGAGCCUAGUUACGCUCUGAAAGUGUCUGACUUCACCGACCUCCCUGGUGUCCAGGAGCAGCUCUCCUCUGUAAUGAGCAAAGCGCUGGUGAAGGUCGCGCCCGUGACACCAACAGAAACUGUGGUAAGAAAGCAAGGAGGAAAAGAUGUUGUGUUCUUGUUGGAUGGAUCUGAUGGCACUAGAACUGGCUUCCCAGCUGUGCGAGACUUUGUCCAAAGAGUUGUGGAGACGCUCAGUGUGGAUGACAACACAGACCGUGUCUCAGUGGUUCAGUACAGCAGAGACCCAGCUGUCCAAUUCUAUCUGAACACGUACACCACAAAAGGCGACAUCCUUGACGCUGUCAGAGUGUUGAGGCACAAGGGUGGAAGUCCCCUUAAGACUGGAGCAGCUCUCCAGUACUUGAGGGAUAAUGUCUUCACGGCCUCUGCUGGAAGCAGGCUCCCUGAACAAGUCCCACAGCUCCUGAUAUCGAUAAGUGGUGGAAGGUCUUUUGACAGUGUUGAUGCGCCAGCCUCUGCUCUCAAACAGCUGGGUGUCUUGACCUUUGCAAUUGGAACCAGGAGCGCUGAUAUCAGAGAACUGCAGAAGAUAGCCUCCGAUCCCAGCUAUGCUCUCACUGUGAAUGAAUUCACUGACCUUCCAAAUGUCCAACAGCAACUUCAGUCCUCCGUGGAGGCUGUGAUUGUUGAGGUCCAACCAGAAGCACCAACUGCACCUGUCGACACUGCCAAAAAGGACAUUGUGUUCCUUCUGGAUGGUUCUAAUGGCACAAGGACUGGUUUCCCUGCCAUGCGUGAUUUUGUAGAGAGAGUGGUGGAGAAACUAAAUGUGGGACAAGACAAAGACCGCGUCUCUGUGGUCCAAUACGGCAGAGACUCAGAGGUCCAUUUCUAUCUGAACACAUUCACCACAAAACAGGAUAUUUUGGAUGCUGUCAGAGGGCUGAGACAUAGAGGAGGUAGACCCCUCAACACCGGGGCAGCCCUCCAGUAUGUCAGGGACAACGUCUUUACAAGCUCCUCCGGGAGCAGGCGUCUGCAAGGGGUUCCACAGAUGUUGAUCCUGCUAAAUGGUGGGAGGUCUUUUGACAAUGUAGACACCCCAGCCUCUGCUCUCAAACAGCAGGGCAUCUUUGUGGUAGGCAUUGGAACAAGGAACUCUGACAGUAUAGAGCUGCAGAAGAUAUCAUAUGAGCCUAGUUACGCUCUGAAAGUGUCUGACUUCACCGACCUCCCUGGUGUCCAGGAGCAGCUCUCCUCUGUAAUGAGCAAAGCGCUGGUGAAGGUCGCGCCCGUGACACCAACAGAAACUGUGGUAAGAAAGCAAGGAGGAAAAGAUGUUGUGUUCUUGUUGGAUGGAUCUGAUGGCACUAGAACUGGCUUCCCAGCUGUGCGAGACUUUGUCCAAAGAGUUGUGGAGACGCUCAGUGUGGAUGACAACACAGACCGUGUCUCAGUGGUUCAGUACAGCAGAGACCCAGCUGUCCAAUUCUAUCUGAACACGUACACCACAAAAGGCGACAUCCUUGACGCUGUCAGAGUGUUGAGGCACAAGGGUGGAAGUCCCCUUAAGACUGGAGCAGCUCUCCAGUACUUGAGGGAUAAUGUCUUCACGGCCUCUGCUGGAAGCAGGCUCCCUGAACAAGUCCCACAGCUCCUGAUAUCGAUAAGUGGUGGAAGGUCUUUUGACAGUGUUGAUGCGCCAGCCUCUGCUCUCAAACAGCUGGGUGUCUUGACCUUUGCAAUUGGAACCAGGAGCGCUGAUAUCAGAGAACUGCAGAAGAUAGCCUCCGAUCCCAGCUAUGCUCUCACUGUGAAUGAAUUCACUGACCUUCCAAAUGUCCAACAGCAACUUCAGUCCUCCGUGGAGGCUGUGAUUGUUGAGGUCCAACCAGAAGCACCAACUGCACCUGUCGACACUGCCAAAAAGGACAUUGUGUUCCUUCUGGAUGGUUCUAAUGGCACAAGGAAUGGUUUCCCUGCCAUGCGUGAUUUUGUAGAGAGAGUGGUGGAGAAACUAAAUGUGGGACAAGACAAAGACCGCGUCUCUGUGGUCCAAUACGGCAGAGACUCAGAGGUCCAUUUCUAUCUGAACACAUUCACCACAAAACAGGAUAUUUUGGAUGCAGUCAGAGGGCUGAGACAUAGAGGAGGUAGACCCCUCAACACCGGGGCAGCCCUCCAGUAUGUCAGGGACAACGUCUUUACAAGCUCCUCCGGGAGCAGGCGUCUGCAAGGGGUUCCACAGAUGUUGAUCCUGCUAAAUGGUGGGAGGUCUUUUGACAAUGUAGACACCCCAGCCUCUGCUCUCAAACAGCAGGGCAUCUUUGUGGUAGGCAUUGGAACAAGGGACUCUGACACUAUAGAGCUGCAGAAGAUAUCAUAUGAGCCUAGUUACGCUCUGAAAGUGUCUGACUUCACCGACCUCCCUGGUGUCCAGGAGCAGCUCUCCUCUGUAAUGAGCAAAGCGCUGGUGAAGGUCGCGCCCGUGACACCAACAGAAACUGUGGUAAGAAAGCAAGGAGGAAAAGAUGUUGUGUUCUUGUUGGAUGGAUCUGAUGGCACUAGAACUGGCUUCCCAGCUGUGCGAGACUUUGUCCAAAGAGUUGUGGAGACGCUCAGUGUGGAUGACAACACAGACCGUGUCUCAGUGGUUCAGUACAGCAGAGACCCAGCUGUCCAAUUCUAUCUGAACACGUACACCACAAAAGGCGACAUCCUUGACGCUGUCAGAGUGUUGAGGCACAAGGGUGGAAGUCCUCUUAAGACUGGAGCAGCUCUCCAGUACUUGAGGGAUAAUGUCUUCACGGCCUCUGCUGGAAGCAGGCUCCCUGAACAAGUCCCACAGCUCCUGAUAUCGAUAAGUGGUGGAAGGUCUUUUGACAGUGUUGAUGCGCCAGCCUCUGCUCUCAAACAGCUGGGUGUCUUGACCUUUGCAAUUGGAACCAGGAGCGCUGAUAUCAGAGAACUGCAGAAGAUAGCCUCCGAUCCCAGCUAUGCUCUCACUGUGAAUGAAUUCACUGACCUUCCAAAUGUCCAACAGCAACUUCAGUCCACCAUGGAGGCUGUGAUUGUUGAGGUCCAACCAGAAGCACCAACUGCACCUGUCGACACUGCCAAAAAGGACAUUGUGUUCCUUCUGGAUGGUUCUGAUGGCACAAGGAAUGGCUUCCCUGCCAUGCGUGAUUUUGUAGAGAGAGAGGUGGAGAAACUGAAUGUGGGACAAGACAAAGACCGCGUCUCUGUGGUCCAAUACGGCAGAGACUCAGAGGUCCAUUUCUAUCUGAACACAUUCACCACAAAACAGGAUAUUUUGGAUGCGGUCAGAGGGCUGAGACAUAGAGGAGGUAGACCCCUCAACACCGGGGCAGCCCUCCAGUAUGUCAGGGACAACGUCUUUACAAGCUCCUCCGGGAGCAGGCGUCUGCAAGGGGUUCCACAGAUGUUGAUCCUGCUAAAUGGUGGGAGGUCUUUUGACAAUGUAGACACCCCAGCAUCUGCUCUCAAACAGCAGGGCAUCUUUGUGGUAGGCAUUGGAACAAGGAACUCUGACAGUAUAGAGCUGCAGAAGAUAUCAUAUGAGCCUAGUUACGCUCUGAAAGUGUCUGACUUCACCGACCUCCCUGGUGUCCAGGAGCAGCUCUCCUCUGUAAUGAGCAAAGCGCUGGUGAAGGUCGCGCCCGUGACACCAACAGAAACUGUGGUAAGAAAGCAAGGAGGAAAAGAUGUUGUGUUCUUGUUGGAUGGAUCUGAUGGCACUAGAACUGGCUUCCCAGCUGUGCGAGACUUUGUCCAAAGAGUUGUGGAGACGCUCAGUGUGGAUGACAACACAGACCGUGUCUCAGUGGUUCAGUACAGCAGAGACCCAGCUGUCCAAUUCUAUCUGAACACGUACACCACAAAAGGCGACAUCCUUGACGCUGUCAGAGUGUUGAGGCACAAGGGUGGAAGUCCCCUUAAGACUGGAGCAGCUCUCCAGUACUUGAGGGAUAAUGUCUUCACGGCCUCUGCUGGAAGCAGGCUCCCUGAACAAGUCCCACAGCUCCUGAUAUCGAUAAGUGGUGGAAGGUCUUUUGACAGUGUUGAUGCGCCAGCCUCUGCUCUCAAACAGCUGGGUGUCUUGACCUUUGCAAUUGGAACCAGGAGCGCUGAUAUCAGAGAACUGCAGAAGAUAGCCUACGAUCCCAGCUAUGCUCUCACUGUGAAUGAAUUCACUGACCUUCCAAAUGUCCAACAGCAACUUCAGUCCUCCGUGGAGGCUGUGAUUGUUGAGGUCCAACCAGAAGCACCAACUGCACCUGUCGACACUGCCAAAAAGGACAUUGUGUUCCUUCUGGAUGGUUCUGAUGGCACAAGGAAUGGCUUCCCUGCCAUGCGUGAUUUUGUAGAGAGAGUGGUGGAGAAACUAAAUGUGGGACAAGACAAAGACCGCGUCUCUGUGGUCCAAUACGGCAGAGACUCAGAGGUCCAUUUCUAUCUGAACACAUUCACCACAAAACAGGAUAUUUUGGAUGCUGUCAGAGGGCUGAGACAUAGAGGAGGUAGACCCCUCAACACCGGGGCAGCCCUCCAGUAUGUCAGGGACAACGUCUUUACAAGCUCCUCCGGGAGCAGGCGUCUGCAAGGGGUUCCACAGAUGUUGAUCCUGCUAAAUGGUGGGAGGUCUUUUGACAAUGUAGACACCCCAGCCUCUGCUCUCAAACAGCAGGGCAUCUUUGUGGUAGGCAUUGGAACAAGGAACUCUGACAGUAAAGAGCUGCAGAAGAUAUCAUAUGAGCCUAGUUACGCUCUGAAAGUGUCUGACUUCACCGACCUCCCUGGUGUCCAGGAGCAGCUCUCCUCUGUAAUGAACACAGCGCUAGUGAGGGCCAGGUCUGUGACACCAACAGAAACUGCUUCCCAGGGCCCCCGGAAGGAUAUCGUUUUCCUUGUUGAUGGAUCUGAUGGUGUUGGACGGGAGUUUCCUAUCAUCCAGGAGUUUAUCCGCAGAAUUGUUGAGAACCUCAAUGUUGGCGAGAAUAAGAUCCAGAUUGGCGUGGUCCAGUAUGCUGACAAUGCCCAGGCUGACAUGUAUCUGAACACACAUACAACCAAAGAAGGUGUUUUGAAUGCCGUCAGGGGAAUGAGGCGGCGCGGAGGAAGACAACGCAACCUUGGCCAGGCCUUGCAGUUUGUAAGUCAGGACAUGCUAACUACAGCACGUGGUAGCAGGAAGGACGCCGGCGUGCCACAGUUUUUGAUCGUUGUCUCCAGUGGGUCGUCAACAGAUAACAUCGGUCAGGCAGCAUCCUCCCUCAAACAAUCAAGAGUUCUUCCAUUCAGUAUUGGGACCAGGGAUGUUAAACCUACAGAGCUCCAGAUGGUGUCAUAUGUGCCAAACUUCGCCUACACUGUGGAUGACCUCCCUGGCUUGUACACAGUCCAAGAUAACUUGAUCACCACUCUCACUGAGUUGUCAGAUGAUGAUAUCGCCAGGAUGCGUCCAGUAUUAACCUUCGAGGAAAUCACACCAGUACCCAGAGAAGGAGAAAAAAGGGAUGUUGUAUUCCUCAUUGACGGUACAAAUGCUGUGCGAAAUGAGUUCCCUGCGAUCCAAGCAAUGAUAGGAAGAGUUGUGGAAAAGCUGGAUGUAGGAUUGGAUAGGGUCCGAAUUUCAGUGGUACAGCACAGUGAUGAACCAAAACUAGAAUUUCUUCUGAAUAAUUUCUCCACAAAAGAUGAGGUGCGCCGGGCAGUGGCAAAUCUGAAGAGCAUAGGUGGAAACCGUCUAAAUACAGGCCGUGCUCUUGAAUAUGUCGGCAAAACCAUCUUCCAGAGGUCAGCAGGAAGCCGUAUUGAGGACGGUGUGCCUCAGUUCCUCAUCCUAGUUACAGGUGGCAAGUCUUCAGAUGAUGUUGCAUCUGCAGCUGACCAACUUAAGAAGAGCCAAGUUGCACCUGUUGCCAUUGGUUCAAGGAAUGCUGACCCUAAUGAACUGAGACAGAUUUCCCUGAAGCCUGAGCUUGUGUAUAGAGUGGACAAUUUCCAGCAGCUUCCAGCAGUGGAGUCCCAGCUGAUCGAUUCAGUCAAAACAAUAUCAACAGCUGAUAUCAUCAAUAGUUAUGUUCCCCCCACUGUUCUCUUGGACACUUUAGAUCUUGGGAAAAAGGACAUUGUCUUCCUUAUUGAUGGCUCAGACACCACGGGUGAUGGCAUGGCUCAUAUCCGUGACUUCAUCCUCACCAUUGUCAGACAACUCGACGUGCGUCCUGAUCAAGUGCGGGUGGCUGUUGUCCAGUAUGCAGAUGGUGUUAAAACAGAAUUCUCCCUCAACUCCCACAACAGCAAGCCAUCUGUUAUCUCUGCCAUCCAAAGACUCCGCCAGAUGGGCGGCCGAUCAUCAGAUCUGGCUGAUGCUAUUAAGUAUGUCAUACAGAAUGAGUUGAAGCCCUCAGCAGGCGUACGUCUGUCUGAAGCAUCCCAGCAUCUUGUGGUUCUCUCGGGUGCACGAUCUCCCCAAGAUGUUUCUAUUUACGGACCUCUGCUCAAGGGCUCUCGGGUCAACUGCAUUGGUGUUGGCGCCGGUGGCGCUAACACAAGGCAGUUAACGCAAAUUGCAACAACCCCAGAUGAUGUUCUUCAGGUCCCAACAUUCCCUGGACUGCCAGCAAUUAAGGACAGGUUUAUAACCAGAUUGAGAGGUAGUCUCCCUGAGGAACAACCAACUGAUUAUGAGGAUCCUGCACUGGGCCUGCCUCCUCCCAAGAAGGCAGACAUUGUGUUUUUAGUGGAUGGCUCCAUUAAUUUGGGAAGGAACAACUUCAACGAAGUGAUUCAGUUUAUCGGCAACCUAGUGGAUCUGUUCUUCAAUGAAAGAGACAACCUGCGUAUUGGUCUGGCGCAUUACGCUGCAGAUGUGACAGACGUCUUCUACCUCAACACGCACAAAAACAGACAAGACAUCAUAGAUGCCAUCAGCCGAACUGAGUAUAAAGGUGGACAGAAAAUCAACACUGGUGCAGCCAUUCGUCACGCUCAAAAUGUGUUCUUUACGAAAGAGAAGGGCAGUCGGAAAGAAGAGGGCACUCCUCAGAUCCUGAUGGUUAUCAAUGGAGGUCGCUCUGCUGAUGACGGCAAAACAGCAGCCCUUGGUCUGAAGAAAAAAGGUGUGAGGAUCUUUGCUGUAGGAGUGGGAGAUUCUGUGACUGAAUUAGAAGACCUUGCUAGUGAGCCUACCACUGUUGCUCGAUCAAGCACCUUCCAGGAACUCUCAGAGCUCAAUGAGCAAAUCCUAGAGACUCUGGAUGAUGAAGUGAAGGGGAAGCUAUGUGUUGGUGUAGAUGAAGCUCCAAGAGCCUGUAAUAUAGAGGUGUUGGUGGGCUUUGACGUCUCUGGCCAGAACAUCUUCAGUACUCAGACUAACCUCCAGAGCAAGGUGGAUGCUAUCCUGCAGAGAAUUUCCAAAAUGGCUGCGAUAAGUUGUUCAUCUGGGCAGGCUCCCUCUGUGCAAGUUGGUAUGCUGGCCAUGGACUCUGCCUCUGAGCCCGUCCAGCUGGACUUCACGGACAAUGCAGCUAAGCUCUUCAGUGACUUCAAAGACUUGCGUAGCCGUGGACCAUUUGUCUUUAAUGGCAGGACAAUAGCAGCUUACAACAAAAGGUUCAAAGCAAGACAGGAUGAUGUUGUCAAGGUUGUCAUUCAUUUGACUGAUGGUCUUGAUGGCCCGUAUGCUGAAAUGAAAAGGCGAGCUGAGGAGCUUCGUGAGUCAGGAGUGAACGCUUUCAUCCUGGUUGGAUUGGAGCGGGUGCCUAAAUUUGAAGAAGCUACUUUGUUGGAGUUUGGCCGUGGCUUCAGGUACACCAGACCCCUACGAGUCAAUCUCAUGGAUUUGGACUAUGAGCUAAUGGAAGAACUGGACAACAUUGCAGAGAGGGAUUGCUGUGGAGUGCCAUGCAAAUGUACUGGCACCAGAGGAGACAGAGGAGCAGUUGGACUUUCAGGGUCCAAGGGUGGUCCAGGAACACCGGGAAGCCAAGGACAUCCAGGAGACGAGGGUGGACCUGGAGAGAGAGGUCCUCCUGGUGUGAAUGGAACCCAGGGUUUCCAGGGAUGUCCUGGACCAAGAGGUCUCAAGGGUUCUCGUGGCUACUCAGGAGAAAAGGGUGAAUUUGGAGAAAUUGGGCUCGAUGGAAUCAAUGGAGAAGAGGGAAAAAGUGGAGUGGCUGGGGCCCCAGGAGACAGAGGAAGUCCUGGAAGAAGAGGUCCCAAAGGUCUCAAAGGACAAGGAGGAGAUAGAGGAGAUAUUGGAAUCAGAGGAGACCCUGGUACAAGUGGACAAGAUAACAACCGUGGAGGACCCAAAGGAGACCCCGGUGAUGCAGGACCAGCGGGAGAACCUGGUGACGAUGGAAAGAGUGGAGGCCCCGGAGAAGUUGGACGAAAGGGCUCUGAUGGCAGAAGAGGCCCACCUGGGAAGUCUGGACCUGCUGGCAAGCCAGGAGCUGAUGGAGAGCCGGGAGAGGCCGGUGUUGCUGGAUCUAGAGGCCCUACUGGACCAUCUGGUCCUCCAGGACCUGGAGGAGAAGGUGGAAACCCUGGACCCAGGGGUCCCGGAGGACUCCCGGGUCCUUCUGGAGAAAAAGGAAGACGAGGAUCUCUUGGUCGCAAGGGAGAGCCAGGAGACCCUGGACCUAAUGGUGUUGAAGGCCCUCUCGGUCCCCGUGGAGAACCUGGUGAAGAUGGUAGAGAUGGCUUUGGCACCCCAGGACCCAAAGGAAGAAAGGGUGAUGAGGGCUUCCCAGGAUUCCCAGGACCAAAGGGAGCAGGAGGUGACGCCGGCACUCAAGGCGGACCUGGACCCAGAGGAAAUCGUGGACAGAGGGGUGUCUCUGGUAACAUUGGCACACCUGGACAGAAAGGAGAGGUUGGAUACGCUGGACCUUACGGUGAGAAGGGACCCAGAGGACCAGGUGUUGUGCAAUGUGACCUGGUCAAGAAAAUCAGGGACAACUGUCCUUGCUGUUUCGGUCAGCAGGAGUGCCCGCUCUACCCCACCGAGCUGGCCUUUGCCCUGGAUGUCUCCGAGACCAGCAGCCGCCAGAACUUCAACAGCAUGCGUGACACCGUCCUGCGUCUGGUAAAAGACAUCACCAUCGCUGAGAGCAACUGUCCCAGAGGAGCUCGUGUUGCUCUGACCCUGUACAACAACGAGGUGAACACAGAGAUCCGCUUUGCUGAUGCCAUGAAGAAACGUAACCUGAUACGUCACAUCGAGGGACUGCAGACCCUCCAAAACAAGAAGCCACGCAACUUGGAAAUGGCCAUGAGCUUUGUGGCACAGAACACCUUCAAGAGAGUGCGAAGUGGUUUCCUUAUGAGGAAGGUGGCCAUCUUCUUUGUUGGAGGCACAGCCGGACAGGCGCAGGCAAUUUCCAAAGCUGCUCUCCGCCUCCAUAAUGCUGGAAUAGCCACGCUGUUCUUGGUCAACCGUGAAGACAGAGCACUCACCAGAGCACUACAGGUCAACAACACAGCGCUGGCCCAGGUUAUUGUCCUUCCCGACCCUGGAAGUGCACAGUAUGACUCAGUCAUCAAAAAGGUCAUGAACUGCCACAUCUGCUUUGACACCUGCUCUCCGGACCAGAUGUGUGACUAUGUGCCCCUGUUUCCCAGCAGAGACAGGAGGUCUUUCACCACAGACGUUGACAUCGACAUGGCCUUCAUCAUGGACAGCUCUGAGACUACAUACCCUGCAGUCUUUACAGAGAUUAAGCGCUACAUAGCCCACAUGGUAGAGCAGCUUCAAGUGUCCUCAAAUCCAGCUUUGUCUCCUCAUCAUGCCAGAGUGUCUGUGAUCCAACAAGCUCCUUACGAGUACCUCCUCAACAAAACUGUCUCUCCCAUCCACGUGGACAUCGGUUUGACUGAGCACGGAUCGUCUCAGGAUAUCAUCACCACUCUGCUGCAGAAGACGCCACAGUUAGAGGGAGGCAGAGCUUUGGCAGCAGCUAUCGGAACCACAUUGGAGCAGGUGUUUGAGAAGGCUCCUCUGCAGCGUGCCAAGAGAAUGCUGGUUCUCUUUGUGACAGGAAGCGUGGCCGAAGAAGAGGAGCAGCUGGUGCGUAUCGCCACUGAGGUCAGGUGUAGAGGCUACUUCUUGGUCAUCUUUGGUGUGGGUGAGAAGAUAAACGCUGAGGACGCACGUGUCCUGUCUCGCAUGGCCAGUGAGCCAUCAGAUGUCUUCUUUAAACGGUUGGACAGCGUCUCCUUCUUUUACGACAGACACAUCCAGAACUUUGGCCAGCUGCUUCCCAAAUACAUCAGCAUUGAAAAUGCAAUCUACAUGUCCCCUGAAGUCUCCAAAAACUGCACCUGGUUCCAGAGUGACCAGCCACUGAAAAACCCUGUCACAUCCUCACACCAACAGGAGAAACAUCAGAAACAUCAUGAAAAUAAUCAAGCAGUCCAUCACAAAAAGCAUCAAGAUGGAGAUGAGCUGCACGUCUUUAACGUCACCUCCAGCAGCUUGAAAUUGCGCUGGAGCAGCCCGGACCCCAAACACUUUGUCUUCUUCGAGGUGACGGUGACCCGGCUGCAUGACCAUGCCCUGGCUCUGAAGACCAAUGUGUCAGGCACCGAGCUCUCUGUGGACAACUUAGAGAGUGCACAAACGUAUCAUGCUGUGGUCACUGCAUAUACUGCAGAGGGACAAGUUGUCUCCACUCGCAAAGGCAUCGUCACUACAAAAGCAGCAGUGCCUAAGACACAACAAAAGCCAGUCAUCCAUGGCACCAGCACUGUAAAUACGGCACCAUUGGAGAAGCCAGAAACUGUUAAUGAUCUUGCAGACCCAUGCUCACUUGACAUUGACGCUGGAAAUCCAUGCAAAGACUAUCAGGCUAAGUGGUUCUUUGACAGAAAGCACGGGAUCUGUGCACAGUUCUGGUAUGGAGGUUGUGGAGGAAAUGACAAUAGGUUCGACACUGAGGCCCUCUGCUUGAAAAACUGCAUGAGGUCAGUGCCAGAGCCUCAGCCUAAAGUGCAGCAGGUUGAACAGGUGGCGGUGCUCCCAGCUCCAGCUUCCCUCACAGCAGCGUCUGCAGCAGUAGACAUCUGCCAGCUUCCCAAAGAGGAGGGAACUUGUGCCAAAUUUGUCCUCAAGUGGCACUUUGAUGCCCCCAGCAAGAGCUGCACACGCUUCUGGUACGGAGGCUGUGGAGGAAACCAGAAUCGCUUCGAAACACAUGACCAGUGUGUGAAGGCCUGUGGAAAACCAGCACCAAUCAAGCGAGGAGUCCUGGCUGCAAUGAGAACAUAGGACAGAGUGACACCCAUGGCCGGCUUUCACCUCUGUUCAGGGGAUUCUGAGGAGAAACAUCCAAAGAGGCCAUAAUUUAAUGAUGCAAUACCAAAGUGAUGGUAGCUGCACUGGAUUCCACUAAAAAGAACUGUAUCCCCAAAAUUCUUGAAGUAGUAUUUUUUCACAAAAAGAAGGAAACCAACACGAAUUGCUGCAUGAUUUGUUUUAACCUACUGGUGCUACAUAGUAUGUUUGUUUUACAGAUGAUUUGUACUUCAAGUCCAUUCUUUUUAUUUUUGUUUUCUGGAACAAUGACAUCACAUGAGUUUUCAUAUUUUUUUAAAUGCAGUUUGAUAAAUAAGCAAGAAAACAUAUAUGAAUAUCUUGGACAGAGAUUAGCCACACAUCAGUACACGCAGGGCUGCCAUUACUCAAUGCAGCAAUUGUUUUUAUAUUGUGUUUUUAUUUGCAUAUCACAUUCACAUGGAAACAAAUGCUUUGUUUGAUUUUUACUGUUAGCUCACUGAUCCCUGUGGAAACAUUCCUUCAGAUCCGACAGUCACAGAAUACACAGCAAUGUUUACACUAGCCUCGUAUGGCGAUGUGUGUAUUUAAAUGAGAAUGACCAACAGCUAAAUGCGAACAAACAUUGAUGUGAUGUUAAGUGCACUUCUGGAUCCACUGCCUCAAACACAUCAGUUCCAGCUAUUGAGAAAUGAAAUGUACUUGUCAAGCUGUUUUUUUGUUUUAUUUGGUUUUACUGAAAUCUGUGUUUCAUCUGGGUAUAGGGGAAAUAAAAAUGAAUUAGUCUUUCUAAUAAACAUGAGCAACUGA